GACCAUCGUCAUUAACAAUAACAAGAGCAGCACGGCUCUGCGCUUAUCAGGGGUGACGCUAGCCUACUGUCUGAUUUACUAUUUUACUUCCUCUUCCUUCGGACUGUCACCUUAAUCAGCCAGCUGUUAGUCUGACUGCCUCUUUUUGUUGGCCUGUAGGCUUUUUAAAACAUUUUUUGGAACAGUAUUUUAAUGCCCGCCGCCGUGUGUCGACAUUUGAUUUUUUUUUUUUUUUUAGUAUUUUAAGUGCUGUUUGUUGUGACAUUUCGCUGACACAGCAAGCAUGAGAUGAGCUGAAGACACCAGGAAGGAUAACUUCACUGCACACUCCGUCAGGUGAUGACUGUUGGGAGGCUUUAGCUGACAGUCAGAAGUAUCAUGGAGGACGACUGCAGGCCUCUGUUGAGCUCAGAGCAGACUGGAGAGAGCUACUCACACCGAGGAUCCACAGACUCACUGGACUUCAAGGCUAAAAGACCUUUCCAUGUAGAGCCCAGGAAUAUUGUAGCUGAUGAGCCACAGGAGAGAGUCUCUGCUGAGGCUGCCAUCCUCAACAGCAGAGUCCAUUACUACGGCAGACUAACAGGCUCCUCUGACAGACUGCUAAGUCCUCCAGACCAUGUGAUCCCCCGACCAGAGGAGAUCUACAUCUACAGUCCACUGGGGACAGCUUUCAAGGUUACAAGCAGUGACCACUCUUCUAAAAACCCAAGUAUCAUCACCAUAUUUGCGAUAUGGAACACAAUGAUGGGUACAUCUAUACUCAGCAUACCCUGGGGUAUAAAGCAGGCUGGUUUCACCCUGGGAAUCUUCAUCCUCAUCUUCACAGGCCUGCUGAUGCUCUACUGUUGUUACAUUGUCCUCAAAUCACCAAAGGCAAUACCCUACAUGGACACAUCCGACUGGGAAUUCCCUGAUGUUUGUAGGUACUACUUUGGCAAGUUUGGCAAGUGGUCCAGCUUGGUCUUCUCCAUGGUGUCACUUAUUGGAGCCAUGGUGGUUUACUGGGUCCUCAUGUCCAAUUUCCUUUACAACACCGGACAGUUUAUCUACAACUAUGCUCACAAUGUCAACAUGUCAGAUUCAGAGUUUGGAACCAACAGCUCAGAUAGAGUCAUCUGUCCAUACCCAAACACUGACCCUCAAGGGAACUACACUGUCUGCACGCUGUACCUUAGUACCAAUGGAAACGAUACAUCUGAUGUCAGCUCUUUUGAACACUGGUGGAGUAAAACCAACACCAUCCCUCUCUACCUCAUCAUUCUGCUGCUGCCGCUGCUCUGCUUCCGUUCAGCCUCCUUCUUUGCAAGGUUCACCUUCUUGGGCACCAUUUCGGUGGUCUACCUGAUUGUGCUGGUCACUGUUAAAGCGGUCCGCCUCGGCUUCCACCUGGAGUUCCACUGGUUUGACACAAGCCAGUUCUAUGUUCCAGAGUUCAGACUGCUCUUCCCUCAGUUUACUGGUGUCCUCACUCUGGCCUUCUUCAUUCACAACUGCAUCAUCACAUUAAUGAAGAAUAACAGACACCAAGAGAACAAUGUGCGGGACCUGUCUGUGGCUUACCUUCUAGUAGGGCUGACCUACCUGUAUGUGGGAGUGUUGAUCUUUGCUGCCUUUCCCUCACCUCCUCUCUCCAAAGACUGCCUUGAACCAAACUUCUUAGAUAACUUCCCCAGCAGCGAUGUGAUGGUGUUUGUGGCUCGGACUUUCCUCUUAUUCCAGAUGAUCACAGUCUACCCCCUGCUGGGAUACUUGGUGCGGGUCCAGGUGAUGGGCCAGAUCUUUGGCAACCAUUACCCCAGUUUCCUUCACGUUCUGGCACUGAACAUCUUAAUCGUUGGAGCUGGUGUCCUGAUGGCCAAGUUUUAUCCCAAUAUUGGAUCCAUCAUAAGGUUUUCUGGGGCAACAUGUGGCCUGGCUUUAGUGUUUGUCUUUCCUGCUUUAGUCCACAUGAUCUCGAUGAAGAGACAGGGGGCGCUCCGCUGGCCGUCAGCCCUCUUCCACAGUUUCCUGAUCGUGCUGGGCGGGGCCAACCUGCUGGCUCAGUUCUUCAUGUAGA